UUACGCGAAUAAUGUAGUCAAAACAGCGAGACACGUGUUACCAAAACCUGAAGCUGACCACAAAAACGCCACAAUCGCACACAGUCUGCUUCCUCACAGCAGUCAGCAGGCCUGAAGUAGGCUUCAGCUGUUUCAUCCAUUAUCGGUUUCUUCCGUUGUCGAUUUCCCCAUAAGGAGGUUGCUGAAAUUCGUAGGCAGUAGCUCUUCCGAGAUUCUCGACUAGAAGGGGUUGCUUCUGUCUAGGGACCUUGCCACCUCUCUGCAAACAGGUUCUCGUCCCCAGGGGCCUCUUUGUGCUUGCCGCGUACAAGAUUCUUCUUGCCAGCUCCCAAGCACAUAUUCAAUAUGGCUGGAGCUAUCGCUCAGUCGUCGCUCGUCUCCGCGAGCGUGGUCCUCCAUGGCGGUAACAAAGCCAGCCGACGGUCGCGACGCUCGUCGUCCACCGUCGCCAGCGUCGCAGCUCCUCGCACGCUCCAGUCGUUCUCCGGCCUGAGGCGUCCUGGCCGAGCUGACGUGGCUCUCAGGGGCUCGCCGUCGCUGGCAGCGGUCGUCGCGAAGCAGACUAAGCCCGGCUCCUCCAGCGUCGCGACACGCGGCGUGGCUGUCGCCAUGUUCGAGCGCUUCACGGAGAAGGCGAUUAAGGUGAUCAUGCUGGCGCAAGAGGAGGCGCGUCGUCUGGGCCACAACUUCGUCGGCACGGAGCAGAUCCUCCUGGGGCUCGUCGGUGAGGGGACCGGGAUCGCCGCCAAGGUGCUCAAGUCGCUGGGGGUGAAUCUCAAGGAGGCGCGCGUGGAGGUCGAGAAGAUCAUCGGCCGCGGCUCUGGCUUCGUCGCCGUCGAGAUUCCAUUCACGCCGCGCGCCAAGCGCGUGCUGGAGCUCUCUCUUGAAGAAGCGCGCCAACUCGGCCACAACUACAUCGGCACGGAGCAUCUGUUGCUCGGUCUCCUGCGCGAGGGCGAGGGGGUGGCCGCGCGGGUUCUCGAGAACCUGGGCGCGGAUCCGGGGAACAUCCGCUCGCAGGUGAUCCGCAUGGUGGGGGAGAGCGCGGAGGCGGUGGGCGCAGGCGUGGGCGGCGGCAGCAGCAACUCCAAGAUGCCGACGCUCGAGGAGUACGGCACCAACCUCACCAAGCUCGCUGAGGACGGCAAGCUCGACCCGGUGGUGGGCCGGAUUGCGCAGAUUGAGCGCGUGACACAGAUUCUGGGCCGCCGCACCAAGAACAACCCGUGUCUCAUCGGCGAGCCUGGCGUGGGCAAGACCGCCAUUGCUGAGGGCCUGGCUCAGAGAAUCGCGUCUGGAGACGUGCCUGAGACGCUCGAGGGAAAGAAGGUCAUCACCCUGGACAUGGGUCUGCUUGUAGCGGGGACGAAGUACCGGGGAGAGUUUGAGGAGCGGUUGAAGAAGCUGAUGGAUGAGAUCAAGCAGGCGGACGAUAUCAUCCUCUUCAUCGACGAGGUCCACACGCUUAUCGGGGCAGGAGCAGCCGAGGGCGCGAUCGACGCAGCCAACAUCCUCAAGCCGGCGAUGGCCCGCGGCGAGCUGCAGUGCAUUGGCGCGACGACGAUCGACGAGUACCGCAAGCACAUUGAGAAGGACCCGGCUCUGGAGCGCCGCUUCCAGCCCGUGCAGGUGCCUGAGCCGUCCGUGGAUGAGACGAUUCUGAUCCUCAAGGGGCUGAGGGAGCGGUAUGAGAUCCACCACAAGCUCAAGUAUACGGAUGAGUCGCUCGCUGCUGCGGCCCAGCUCUCGUACCAGUACAUCAGUGACCGUUUCCUCCCUGAUAAGGCUAUCGACCUGAUCGACGAAGCUGGAUCCCGCGUGCGCCUGCGACACGCGCAACUCCCGGAGGAGGCCAAGGAGCUGGACAAGCAGCUGCGGCAGAUCACCAAGGACAAGAACGAGGCGGUGCGCAACCAGGACUUUGAGAAGGCCGGGGAGCUCCGCGACCAGGAAAUGGACCUCAAGACGCAGAUCACCGCCAUUAUGGAGAAGAGCAAGGAGACCAACAAGGCCGAGGUUGAAGCCUCCGGCGGCGCUAUCGGCCCGACGGUCACCGAAGCGGAUAUCCAUAACAUCGUGUCGGCGUGGACGGGGAUCCCAGUGGAGAAGGUGUCGAGCGACGAGAGCGACCGUCUGCUCAAGAUGGAGGGCACCCUGCACCAGCGGGUCAUCGGGCAAGACGAGGCUGUUAAGGCCAUCUCCCGCGCGAUCCGGCGCGCCCGCGUCGGGCUGAAGAAUCCCAACCGUCCGAUCGCGAGCUUCAUCUUCUCGGGCCCGACGGGCGUGGGGAAGUCGGAGCUGGCGAAGUCCCUUGCGGCGUAUUACUUUGGGUCGGAGGAGGCGAUGGUGCGGCUGGACAUGUCGGAGUUCAUGGAGCGCCACACGGUGUCCAAGCUGAUCGGAUCGCCCCCAGGCUACGUGGGGUACAGCGAGGGCGGACAGCUCACUGAGGCGGUCAGAAGGAGGCCGUACACCGUGGUGCUGUUUGAUGAGAUUGAGAAGGCACACCCGGAUGUGUUCAAUAUGAUGCUCCAGAUUCUUGAGGACGGUCGCCUCACGGAUAGCAAGGGCCGCACGGUCGAUUUCAAGAACACUCUCCUCAUCAUGACGUCCAACGUGGGCUCCUCAGUGAUCGAGAAGGGUGGCGGCGGGAUUGGCUUCCAGCUGGACUAUGGCGAGAAGGACACGAGCUACAACCGCAUCAAGACGCUGGUGAAUGAGGAGCUGAAGCAGUACUUCCGCCCCGAGUUCCUGAAUCGGCUGGAUGAGAUCAUUGUGUUCCGCCAGCUCACCAAGCCGGAGGUGAAGGAGAUCAGCGAUAUUAUGUUGAAGGAGGUGUUUGAACGGCUCAAGAAGAAGGACAUCGACCUGCAGGUCACCGAGCGCUUCAGGGACCGUGUUGUGGACGAGGGCUACAGCCCCAGCUACGGUGCGCGGCCUUUGAGGAGAGCCAUCAUGCGGCUGCUGGAGGACAGCAUGGCGGAGCGGAUGCUGUCGGGGGAGAUCAAGGAGGGAGACAGCGCCAUCAUCGAUGUGGACGCGGAUGGGAACGUGACGGUUCUGAAUGGCAGCACGGGAACAGCCACCUCCACAAUCAUCGAGGCUCCUGCUGGCAUCUCCUAGAGAGGAGUAGUGGGGUGGAUGGGAGGGAGGAGGGAGAGGGGUUGGGUAGGUGGGGGGCAUGUUGGGGGGUAUUGGAUGUUGCUGAUGGGAGUGAUGGGUCCCCAGAGGAAUACUUGGAGUGGACUGCUGCUCCAUCCUUUUGAGACGCGCCUAAACUAAAUUCCAUAGAGGAAAAUGGGAAUUGCUCCCUCAGUGAGUGUUUCUCGGCUCUUUUUCCUGGCAUUUUUUGGAUGGGAUAGGCAAUGUGGCUCGUAGGGUGGGAGGAGGGAGUGCUGCGGUGGGAGCUUUUGUGCUGCCCUGUAAUUACUUAUUCGUGCAGUGUGUCAGACUUUCGGCUGGUUUACGCUUGUGCUAGUUGAGGGAGGCUAUUUUGACUCAGGAGUACUUCUCACCCUGAUGCCAUUUGCGGGUAUUGCUUUGGGGUAAAACUGAUGAUAAUAAUAAGAAAAUCGAUCUGAUGAUAAUUCCGGUAACGAGCUGCAAUACAUCAUACGCGCUUGU